GCGGCCGCAGCCAGCCCCGUGCCCGCCCCGCCCAGCCGCGGCGGGUCGGACGUCCGGAGCCCGUGGGUCCCCGGCCGAGGUCCGCGGAGGCGUGCCCACCCGGUGGCCGCGAGAGCAGUGAGUAGCGGUGGCCGUCAUGCACAGCGGUAUCGUGUCCGCCCCGCGUGCCCCGCGCCGCCCCUGAGUCCGGCCGCGAGUUCCAGCUCAGGGCCCAGAGCCUGCCCGUCCACGUGGCCGCACCAUGAGCCACGGGCCGAGCCCCCGGCUGGCCGAGUCCCCGCAGCUGUCCAAGGGCAGCCUCCUGACCAUCCUGGGCAGCCCGUCGCCCGAGCGCAUGGGCCCUGCGGACUCGCUGCCGCCCACACCGCCCAGCGGCACGCCCUCGCCAGGGCCCCCGCCGGCGCUGCCCCUGCCGCCCGCGCCCGCGCUGCUGGCCGACGGGGACUGGGAGAGCCGCGAGGAGCUGCGGCUGCGGGAGCUGGAGGAGGCGCGGGCGCGGGCGGCGCAGAUGGAGAAGACCAUGCGCUGGUGGUCGGACUGCACGGCCAACUGGCGCGAGAAGUGGAGCAAGGUGCGCGCCGAGCGCAACCGCGCGCGCGAGGAGGUGCGCCAGCUGCGCCAGCGCCUCGACGCGCUCACCAAGGAGCUGGCGGGCGCGCGGCGGGAGCGCCAGGAGGCGCAGGGCGAGUGCGAGGCGCGGGGCCGCGAGCUGGCGCGGCUGCGGGGCGCCCGGGGCUCCGUGGACAGGACGCCCGACGGGCCCGAGCCGGAGCGGGAGCACGAGCCGGUGCGCGACGUCGGGGCGGAGAGGCCGCAGGGCAGCCAGGAGCUGGAGCUGGUAGAGAGCCUGCUGCGGAGCAGACCAGAGGAGCCCGAGGGAUGCUGGGAGGCACGCAGUGUGGGCGCCGGGGGCCUGCGGGGCAGCUCGGGCCGCCAGGAACGCAGCCGGCUGCCCUGGGAGGACACAGCCACCAUCGAAGAGGAUGCAUCCAAGUUGACUGCCCUGCGGCUGCGGCUGGAUGAGUCCCAGAAGGUGCUGCUCAAGGAGCGAGAGGAUAAACUAGCACUGAGCAGGAACAUUGAGAAGCUGGAGGGUGAGCUCAGCCAGUGGAAGAUUAAGUACGAGGAGCUCAGCAAGACCAAGCAGGAGAUGCUCAAGCAGCUCAGCAUCCUGAAGGAGGCCCACCAGGAUGAGCUGGGCCGCAUGUCGGAAGACCUGGAGGACGAGCUGGGUGCGCGGUCCAGCAUGGACAGGAAGAUGGCUGAGCUGAGGGGUGAGAUGGAGCGGCUGCAGGCAGAGAACGCGGCCGAGUGGGGCCGCCGCGAGCGGCUGGAGACCGAGAAGCUGGGCCUGGAGCGGGAGAACAAGAAGCUGCGGGCACAGGUCGGGGACCUGGAGGAGGCGCUGGCCCGGCGGCGGCGGCAGACCGCCAGCGCGCUGGACUGCGACCUGCGGGCCAGCCAGGCCGCGCUCUUCGAGAAGAACAAGGAGCUGGCAGACCUGAAGCAUGUGCAUGGCAAGCUGAAGAAGCAGUUCCAGGAGAAGGUGGCAGAGUUGGCACACGCCAACCGGCGGGUGGAGCAGCACGAGGCAGAGGUAAAGAAGCUGCGGCUGCGGGUGGAGGAGCUCAAGAAGGAGUUGGCCCAGGCUGAGGACGAGCUGGACGAGGCCCACAACCAGGCACGUAAGCUGCAGCGGUCGCUGGACGAGCAGACGGAGCAGAGCGAGAACCUGCAGGUGCAGCUGGAGCAUCUGCAGUCCAGGCUCCGCAGGCAGCAGCAGAACGCACCCCUCUUCGGGAAGAUCCGCAGCGCCCGCUUUGGCGCCGAGGAGGCUGGGGAUGGAGCCAGCGACCUGGACGAGGACGAGGACCUGCAGAUCCAGGUGGCCUAGCUUGUGGGGCUGCCCAGCUGACCGGCCGCUCGAACUGACGCGUCUGCCUGUGCUGGCUCUGGGAGCAGACCCCGCUCCCUGCG